AUGGAUGAUGAAUCAGAAGAUGUAGUAAGUGAAGUAAAACUUUCAGAAUCACAAAAAAGUGUAGCCAUGUCAAAUGUGUACUCUAUGGACUUUACGGACAGCAGCUCGGAGAAACACAACUCCUCGGGCAUGGAAACAUAUGUCUUAGAAUGGGACAGUGACGACAGCGAAUCUUCAGCUCUACACGGCAAUGCUAGCAUCAUCAGCAUGAGGGACAGGCCUGCCAAACCUGUCCACAUUAACAAAGACGGACAAAGUGAUGUCAUAAAGAAAAUAGGCAAAUCUUCCUCCACCAGUCUAAACAAAUGCUCCAUCAUUGCACAAGAAAUAUUCACACAAACCAGUAAAACUAUUAUAGAGUUAGCUGAGAGUGAUGGCGCGGUCCGAAAACCAUUCGACAGUAAAACAUUAGAAACACAAACUUCCUUCAUCUCCAUAACAGAAAACAGAACAGUAGAGUAUAGAAUAAAAGUAUCUGGUGCAGCACAAAAUUUUAAUAGAAGCGAAAUCGGUGAUUGUCACUAUCACAACCUCGAUUUUGUAACCUCCCCACGAAUAUUCCCGAACUCCAUAGACGAUGGUUCAUCAAAAUUCGUAACAUCUGAAACAGAAAACGAAAAAUUCGAGGACGAUACCAGUAAUGAUAGUUCGUGUAACAGCAAGAAACGUGUGGAAGUAGUGAAUGACGAUUUGAAAGAUAAUGACCUGCUCCCGUAUGACGAAAUAAACGAAGAUCGGUACGAGGACACCAGUGAACUUGAACAAUCGCCAAACAUCAGUGAUUUUGAAGAAGACUCACUUAUGGAAAUGAAAGCUAAAGAUAGGAAACAUGAGAAUGAAAGUGACACUACGGUGGUCACGCCAAAAUCUGUUGAUAACGAUGUUGCUGAACUCUACAAUAAGUUAUCAGAAACCAUGGAAUUCCACGCCUCGAACCAAGAUCACGACAAGAAACGUGUUGGGUACCUGACUCCUUUAACAGAGGAGUCAGUUCCCAAGAAGGAUAGUGCAAGGGAGAUGGAAUGUGGUACAUCUAACAUCAUUGACCUGACCAAAGAUGACAACGAUGUGUUGUUCACAAAUAAUGCUGGAAUAAAAGUUAAAUUAUUCCCUAAACCUGAAUCGAAUAAAGAACUCGAUAGUUUUAAACUACCCCCCAUACAGGGAAGUAACAAUAAUACUGAUGGCAACUUAAACUUUUUGUUUAAUGGCAGUAAAGGAACUAAUAAAAAUAACUUACCGGGUGUUAAUGAUGACCGAAGGGAUAGAAGUUUGAAUAGAAAUAUCGAUAGAUGGGAGAUAGGUACUAAGGAUCUGGCAUCAGGAGAGAGCCCACUUAUUAGUGGAAGGAGUCACUCUGCGAGAGCGUCGCACGGGUCCGUCCAGCUGCCGCCAAUCCAUGUGGAAGGUCAUGUCGCGCACAGCUCCAGUAAACCUGAUCAGCACGCGAGCAAAACAGACGCCACGGAGCCCACCUCACCCAUUAGUAUUAAGGAGAAAAUCAGGGAACUGAAAAUGAGUCACAGACCACGGAAUUCUUGGAUUAAUUCUAAGUAUACAUAUGGAUCAGGCAGUAGAAGUGGUUCGCCGAGCACUGUGUCUCCUGAUGAGAGCCGCGUGACAGAAGCUGCGGAGCGAGGGUGUGAGCUCAUCUGUGUUGAGCUACUUAAGAAACUGCGCUCGCAGUCUUGGUUCGAAGUAGCGGACACCUUAGAGGAUCUUCCUCGUGUGAUGGAUAAGUUUUGGGGCGUCAUAGCGGAACAUAGGAUUGCUGACCUUUUACGACAAGUGACUGCACACGUGGAAUCUCCGAGAACGCAAGUGGCCCGCGCCGCGUGCAACACUCUCGCCAUGAUACUGAAGAAUACUAACUACACUAAGAAACCGGACUUUUACGAGGCAGUUACAAUAUUAUUAAUAAAGACUGGCAGCUUCAGUCGCCCUGUGAGACGUGCUGCCAACAUGGCGCUAGACGAUAUAGUCUGUGGCGUUGACUUGAGCCACGCCAUCACUGCCGUGUGUAUACAUGGUGCUAGUCACAAGAGUCCGCUAGUGAGGUGCGCGGCGGCGCGGCUGCUAGUGGUGUGCUGCGCGCUGGGGGGCGGGGGGCGGGACUUGCUGCGCACACGCCCGCCCACCGCCGCAUGCGCACGCAAACACGCGCUCCGCUCGCUCGCUUUGCUGCUUGAUGAUAAAAGCACUGAAGCUCGAAAAUACGCCGAACGUUUGUACUCAAUGUUGCGUCCAUUAAGCAAUUUUGAGGCUUAUUACUUAACUGACGUGGACCUGGACACCGCGUCUCGGCAGAUGAAGAAAUAUGACCAGCUACUGCUGUGCGGGCCGCCGGAGUCUAGGUGA